AUUCCUCAGGAGGUGUUGUGGAUAAAGAUCUUCGCCAUUAUCUCAAUUUACGGUUCCAGAAAGGUUCAGUGGACCACGAACUUCAGCAAAUCAUACGUGACAACCUCUACCUCCGGACUGUGCCGUGUACGACGAGGCAGCCCAAAGAGGGAGAGGUCCCAGGUGUGGACUACAACUUUGUGAGCGUUGAGCGGUUUAUGGAAUUAGAGAAAAGUGGGGCCUUGUUAGAAAGUGGAACGUACGAAGAUAACUUCUAUGGCACGCCAAAGCCUCCUGCCGAACCCACGCCGAUGCUGUUUAAUGUGACGGACCAACUCUUGCCCGGUGCCCGACCUAGUGCAGAGGGGAAAAGGAAGAGAAAUAAGUCCGUCAGUAACAUGGAGAAGGACAGCAUUGAGCCUCCAGAAGAGGAGGAGGAGGAGAGUCCUAUCAUCAACGGCAACGGCAUCGCCAUCACACCAGAAUCAAGUGAACAUGAGGACAAAUCCACCGAUGCCUCAGGAGAUGUUCCCGUCCAGCCGUGCCCACCCGAGACCCCCACCCUCACAGCCACAGACGUUCCUGAGGAGGAAGGAGAUGCUCCCAAAUCCCCACAGGACUUGCAGGAGAAUGAUGAUAUGGGCUCUUUGCCAGACAACUGGGAGAUGGCCUACACAGAGAAAGGAGAAGUUUACUUCAUAGAUCACAAUACCAAAACGACGUCAUGGCUGGACCCUCGAUUAGCGAAGAAAGCUAAACCUCCAGAGGAGUGUGAGGAAGAUGAACUUCCAUAUGGCUGGGAGAAAAUCGACGACCCUAUUUAUGGCAGUUACUAUGUUGACCACAUUAACAGAAGGACACAGUUUGAGAACCCCGUCCUAGAGGCCAAACGAAGGAUCCAACAGCAGCAGCAAAUGCAAAGUCAAGGUCUAUCGGCGCUGCCAUUGCCCACCAUAUAUAGAGAAAAGCCCCCAUUCACACGUGAUGCCACGCAGCUCAAAGGGACGUUCCUCACAACGGUGCUGCAAAAGAGCAACAUGGGCUUCGGCUUCACCAUUAUCGGUGGCGAUGAGCCGGAUGAGUUCCUGCAGGUCAAGAGCGUCAUUCCUGAAGGACCUGCAGCUCAGGAUAGCAAGAUGGACACAGGUGAUGUGAUCGUCUACAUCAAUGACAUCUGUGUUCUGGGCACCACCCAUGCUGAUGUGGUGAAGCUUUUCCAGUCGGUCCCCAUUGGUCAGAGCGUCACCUUGGUAUUGUGUCGAGGUUACCCGCUCCCAUAUGACCCAGAAGAUCCUUCGGCAAGCUCCUCCAUGCCCCCUUUGGGCCUGGUGGAUCACCCGUUGCUGCUUAAUGGAAGGAACAACUAUGAAAAUUAUAUGGAGUACAUGUCUUUGACUGGCCGCUUGGUACCUGAGCAUGGUGAGGGCCUCACCCCGCUUCCCCACCCAGGAGACACCCACCUGGAUGGCUCACAACCUCCGUCCUUAACCACCCCAGGACCCCCACCUGACGACAGUGUCUCAAUGGCAUCAUCCUCAGGAGCAACAGCCGGGGCUACGGUGGCCCCGGAGCUUCUGAGUCUCACUAUAACCAAAGGUGCAGAGGGUUUCGGCUUUACCAUAGCGGACAGUCCUACGGGGCAGAGAGUUAAACAGGUUCUGGAGCCGCAGGGUUGUCCGGGGUUGUGUGAAGGAGACUUGAUAGUGGAGAUUAAUCAGAAGUGUCUCCAGGGACUGAACCACACACAGGUGGUGCAGCUGCUCAAGGACUGUCCAGUGGGAACAGAGGCUACGCUUGUCAUUCAGAGAGGAACCACAUUUUCAACAUGGAAAGAGGGGAGAACCCUUAAAGAUAGGUGGGAUCCUCAAGGAAGUCCUCAGACUGGUUUAUCGGCUACUUUGCUUCCUCAUGGUGCUCCACAUCCUGCACAGACGCUUCAUCGCUCCUCUGUUCCAGAUUCAGAGGCUUUCCACUUAGGCAAGCCGGACCCCUAUGACCUCUAUGAGAAGUCACGGGCUAUAUAUGAAAGCAGACAGCCGCUUCCUCCUCGGACGCUGACAGACUCUACAGGUGUGGAGUAUCAGGAGGUGGAGGUGCACCUGCUGAGGGAGAAGACCGGCUUCGGCUUCAGGAUUCUGGGUGGAGACGAGGCGGUGCAGGCUAUUGUGAUUGGAGCAAUCAUUGAGAAUAGCCCGGCAGAGCGGGACGGCAGGCUGCGUCCCGGAGAUGAGCUGGUCUCGGUUGACAGGAUGCCUGUGGGGGGACGACCACAUCGCUACGUCAUCGACCUCAUGCAUGCGGCAGCUCGAAAUGGACAGGUCACCCUGACGGUCAGGAGGAGAGUUCUGACGCAGCAGAGUCAACCGUGUGAGGAGAACGGUGGUUCAGCCAAUCAGAACAGCUCUCCUCGAGGUCACGCUGUCUGUCCGGUCAACCUGCCGCCCACCACUGAUGUGGUCAUUCACCGUAAGGAAAGUGAAGGCUUCGGCUUUGUCAUCAUCAGCUCCCUCAACCGUCCAGAGACCACAAACACAAUAACUGUGCCACAUAAGAUCGGCCGCAUCAUCGAGGGCAGUCCGGCCGAUCGCUGUGGAAAGCUGAAGGUUGGCGACCGUAUUAUGGCUGUCAACUGUCAGUCUAUUAUCAACAUGCCUCACGCAGACAUUGUCAAGCUGAUCAAAGACGCUGGACUCACUGUCACCCUGCACAUCAUCCCAGAGGAAGACGUAAAUGGUGCUCACUCGGCCCCAACAUCGGAAAAACAGAGUCCCAUGGUGGCCCAGAAGCACAGCCCACAGACCCAGUCCAGCCCAGCAACCCAGCAGAGCCCUACCAUGGCACAUCCCAGCCCUCCAGCCCCUCACCCCAGCCCAGCCACCACACAGCCCAGCCCACUACUGGUAGACCAGAGUCCUGGAGCUCCACACGGCAGCCCUCCGCUCACUCAGGGCAGUGUCUCUGUGAGUCAGGCCGGCCUGGAGAGCAUGCAGACAGGCUCAGCCAUGACUCAGGCUGCUCCAGUUCUGGAUCCAGGCAUGACGGGGAUUCAAACCACUAUCAUUGGAUCAGUGCCGGUGCCGGUGCCUUCACAACUCUAUCUUCAUGACACCAGGUCGGAGGUAAAGGCCAGGCAGGAUGUUAAACCUGAUAUUUGCCAAGCUGCUUACACGGACUACAGACAGCCGCCAGUGGACUACAGACAUCCCCCUGUGGCAGAUUACAGACAGCCCCCGACCAUGGAGUACAGACACCCGCCUGCGCUCAUCGACUACAGACAACACUCCAUCGCUGACUACAGGCCACAGGACUAUGACUAUUUCACUGUGGAACUGGAGAAAAGUGUGAAGGGAUUUGGCUUCAGUAUCCGCGGAGGAAGGGAAUAUAAGAUGGACCUGUUUGUGUUGAGACUGGCUGAGGAUGGACCUGCAGUCCGCAACGGCAGAAUGAGGGUUGGAGAUCAGAUUAUUGAAAUUAACGGUGAGAGUACGAGAGACAUGAGUCACGCUCGUGCCAUUGAGCUCAUCAAGGCUGGCGGUCGUCGGGUACGUCUGCUGUUGAAAAGGGGCACAGGACAGGUGCCAGAAUAUGGGAUGGUUCCUACCAACCUUUCCAUGUGCAUGAAAAGUGACACUCUAGCCUCACCCUAUUUCUUCAUAAUGGGACACUCUAAAGACACGACAGUGCCACCUCCCGGAGUGCUCUCUCUCCAGCCGCCCCUGCCUUGUCGGAAGUAGUUUCGCCCCAUUAGAGUGACUCUCACCCCUCGCCGUCACCCGUCAUCUCAUCCAGCCUCGAACCCUGGACCUUCAGUGGCAUUUCUGUGACAGUUUGGACCAAUCACGGUGCCCCUCGUGGUCAGUUUUGUGAGGCUUCGCCUGCAGAACGAAGGGUGGCAGGUCCACCUGUAAGAGCUGUGCUUUGAACAGCCUAAAAACGAAGGAGACGGAUCUUAAAAGUCUAAAAUAUUGAGAACAGAUGGAGACAUAUCAACCUCAAAUGGAUUAUCGCAUCCAACUUGCUUUUCAUACAGUCGCCAAGUUUGUUUUUCAUGUUUCCGGACGAUCCAGAUGAACGGCAGCCAAAGACGCGUGGCUCGGCCUCUCGCUGUUUAAUUCUGGAUCCAAAGCGGACACUUCUCACCGGGGAACGAGCCGAACUUUCAACGCCUCGCUCUUCCGCCUGAGCACUCGUUGUUUGUUUAUCAUGUAGAGGUUGUUUAUUUUUUGGUAUAAUUUCAAGAGGUUCACACCAAGCCCCUUGCGAUACUAGGGGUCAAAUAUCGCAAAUAUAUGUGUAGCAUGAAAAAUGAGAUUUCUGAGGAAACACACAAACUUCUGAGUUGAGAACUUUUCAGUAUUGAGUUUCUUUAUAUGUCUGAUGGGGAAUGAACAUCACACUGGCAGUAAAAAUAAAAAAGGAGGCUGCCAUGAUGGAGACAAUGUCACGCCAAACCAUUCAAGGUUCAUUCAUGGGAGGUAAAUGCAUAUCAGUCGCCAAAUCUGCCGCAUGGAUGUAUCCCUUUAGAUCCUGAGACAAUAGUAUGGUUAAGUCUUGAUGAAUUCUUUACCCGGCCAAGCGUUUGGUUUCGUCGCAGACUGACGUGAAGAUGAACGGCGGAUGUUUUCAAAGCCUCGGUGUGUCAUUUUCGGCCUCAUCGGCCCUGUACUGUUUGCCACCACUGUGGAUUUGGGGUGCCAUCUUACACCUCAUGAGCUUCAUCCCCAUGUCUCUGAUGGCUCCGUAGUUCAUGGAAAAUAAUUAGCAGAGCUAAUUAAAGGAGAAAAUGUUUGCAGGGCAGUUUGGUCUGAGACCAGGAGACAUGCAGUCUUUCACCCUGUCUUAACCAAGUGCGACAUGACUAAUAAUUAGCCUGUUAGCUCAAAAUGCGAAAACGUAUUUGAUGUGUUUUGUAACUGUCGGCAGGGUCACACUCAAAGUAGUGUGGGUCGUUAAAACAUAAAAUCUACAUAAUAUUAUUCUAUUUACUUUCUUAACACACAUUCCUGGUCAGGAUUUGCUUGAUAUUUUAGUACCUACCGAUUAUCCAGUCUGAUCUUACGAGAAAACAUACGUAUUUUUAGUUUUUGUCAGUUAAGUGGCUAAUUCAUACAAGUUUGUAUAAGUAAAAAUGUAUGAUUUUAAAAAGGAGGCAUGGCACCAAACAAAAUCACAAAGAUUGUAUGAAUUCAUACAAAUUAGCCUAAAUCUAAAAGUUAUGAAUUGCCAUUAGAUUGUGUUGGAUUAUUGGCUGAAAUUGUUAUUGGAUGACUUUCAAAUUUCUUUUAAAAAUUUAGGAAUUUUCUAGCUGCUUGUUAUAGUUGUGUGAUUAUUUAGUUGUUGUUUGUUUUUCAGAAUGUGUUAUCUUAAUAUUUGCAUUUUGAACAAAUAAAAUAUAUAA